GCAGGUACCACACUCUAAGGACAAGGUUCCUCACUCUGAGGACAAGGUUCCUCACUCUGAGGAGAAAGUUCCUCAAUCUGAGGACAAAUUUCCACACUCUAAGGACAAGGUUCCUCACUCUGAGGAAAAGGUUCCUCACUCUGAGGACAAGGUUCCUCAAUCUGAGGACAAAGUUCAUCACUUUGAGGACAAGGUUCCUCACUCUGAGGACAAGGUUCCUUACUCUGAAGACAAGGGUCCUCACACUGAGGACAAGGUUCCUCACUCUGAAGACAAGGUUCUUCACACUGAGGACAAGGUUCUUCACACUGAGGACAAGGUUUCUCACUCUGAGAACAAGGUUCCUCUGUCUGAAGACAAGGUUCCUCACUCUGAGGACAAGGUGCUUCACACUGAGGACAAGGUUCCUCACUCUUAGAACAAGGUUCCUCACUCUGAGGACAAUGUUCCUCACUCUGAGGAGAAGGUUUCUCACUCUGAGGACAAGGUUUCUCACACUGGGGACAAGGUUACUUACUCUGAGGACAAAGUUCCUCACUCUGAAGACAAGAUUCCUCACUCUGACGACAAGGUUCCUCACCCUGAGGACAAGGUUCCUCACUACGAGGACAAGGUUCCUCACUCUGAGGACAAGGUUCCUCACUCUGAGGGCAAGGUUCUUCACACUGAGGAUAAGGUUCCUCACUCUGAGAACAAGGUUCCUCACUCUGAGGACAAGUUUCCUUGCUCUGAGAAGAAGGUGCUUCACACUGUGGAAAAGGUUCCUCACUCUGACGACAAGGUUCCUCACUCUGAGGACAAGGUUCCUCACUCUGAUGACAAGGUUCAUCACUCUGAGAACAAGGUUCCUCACUCUGAGGACAAGGUUGUUCACGCUGAGGACAAGGUUGCUCACACUAAGGACAAGGUUCCUCACUCUGAGAACGAAGUUCGUCACUCUGAGGACAAGGUUCCUCACUCUGAGAACAAGGUUCCUCACACUGAGGAUAAGGUUCGUCACUCUGAGGACAAGGUUCCUCACUCUCAGGACAAGGUUCCUCACUCUGAGGACAAGGUUCCUUACUCUGAAGACAAGGGUCCUCACACUGAGGACAAGGUUCCUCACUCUGAAGACAAGGUUCUUCACACUGAGGACAAGGUUCUCACUCUGAGAACAAGGUUCGUCUGUCUGAAGACAAGGUUCCUCACUCUGAGGACAAGGUGCUUCACACUGAGGACAAGGUUCCUCACUCUUAGAACAAGGUUCCUCACUCUGAGGACAAUGUUCCUCACUCUGAGCAGAAGGUUCCUCACUCUGAGGACAAGGUUUCUCACACUGGGGACAAGGUUACUCACUCUGAGGACAAAGUUCCUCACUCUGAAGACAAGAUUCCUCACUCUGACGACAAGGUUUCUCACCCUGAGGACAAGGUUCCUCACUACGAGGACAAGGUUCCUCACUCUGAGGACAAGGUUCCUCACUCUGAGGGCAAGGUUCUUCACACUGAGGAUAAGGUUCCUCACUCUGAGAACAAGGUUCCUCACUCUGAGGACAAGGCUCCUUGCUCUGAGGAGAAGGUGUUUCACACUGUGGAAAAGGUUCCUCACUCUGAGAACAAGUUUCCCCACCCUGUGGACAAGGUUCCUCACUCUGAUGACAAGGUUCAUCACUCUGAGAACAAGGUUCCUCACUCUGAGGACAAGGUUGUUCACGCUGAGGACAAGGUUGCUCACGCUAAGGACAAGGUUCCUCACUCUGAGAACGAAGUUCGUCACUCUGAGGACAAGGUUACUCACUCUGAGGACAAAGUUCCUCACUCUGAAGACAAGAUUCCUCACUCUGACGACAAGGUUCCUCACUCUGAAAACAAGGUUCCUCACUCUGAGGACAAGGUUCCUCACUAUGAGGACAAGGUUCCUCACUCUGAGGACAAGGUUCCUCACUCUGAGGACAAGGUUCCUCACUCUGAACACAAGGUCCUUCACACUGAGGAGAAGGUAACUCACACUGAGGACAAGGUUCCUCACUCUGAGAACAAGGUUCCCCACUCUGAAGACAAGGUUCCUCGCUCUGAGAAGAAGGUGUUUCACACUGAGGACAAUGUUCCUCUCUCUGAGGACAAGGUUCCUCACACUGAGGACAAGCUUCCUCACUCUGAGAGCAGGGUUCCACACUCAGAGGACAAGGUUCCUCACUCUGAGGACAAGGUUCUUCACAUUGAGCGCAAGGUUCCUCACUCUGAGAACAAGGUUCCUCAGUCUGAGAACAAGGUUCCUUACCCUGAGGACAAGGUGCUUCACACUGAGGACAAUGUUCCUCACUCUGAGAACAAAGUUCCUCACUCUGAGGACAAGGUUCCUCACUCUGAAGACGAGGUUCCUCACUCUGAGAAGAAGGUUCCUCACUCUGAGAACAAGGUUCCUCACUCUGAGGACAAGGUUUAUCACUGUGAGGACAAGGUUCCUAACUCUGAGGACAAGGUUCCUCACCCUGAGGACAAGGCUCCGAACUCUGAGGACAAGGUUCCUCACACUGAGGACAAGGUUGCUCACUCUGAAGGCAGGUUCCUCUCUCUAAGGACAAGGUUCCUCACUCUGAGGACAAGAUUCCUCACUCUGAGCGGAAGGUUCCUCACGCUGAGGACAAGGUACCUCACUCUGAGAACAAGGUUCCUCACUCUGAGGACAAGGUUCCUCAAUCCGGGAACAAAACUUUUCACACGGAGAACAAGGUUCCUCACUCUGAGGACAAGGUUCAUCACUCUGAGGACAAGGUUCCUGUCUCCGAAGGCAGGUCCCUCACCCUGAGGACAAGGUUCCUAACUCUGAAGACAAGGAUCCUCACAUUGAGGACAAGGUUCCUCACCCAGCGGACAAGGUUCCUCAAUGUGAGGAUAAGCUUCUUCAUUCUGAGGACAAGGUUCCUCACUCUGAAGGCAAGUUCCUCACUCUGAGGAGAAAGUUGCUCACUCUGAAGGCUGGUUCCUCUCUCUAAAGACAAGCUUCCUCACUCAGAGGACAAGGUUCCUCACUCUGAGGACAAAGUUCCUCGCGCUGAGGACAAGGUUCCUCACUCUGAGGACAAGAUUCCUCACUCUGAGGACAAGGUUCUUCACACUGAGGACAAGGUUCCUCACACUGAGGACAAGGUUCCUCACUCAGAAGACAAGGUUCCUCACUCUGAGGACAAAGUUCCUUACACUGAGGACAAGGUUCCUCAAACUGAGGACAAGGUUCCUCAAACUGAGGACAAGGCUCCUCACUCUGAGGACAAGGUUCCUCACUAUGAGAACAAGGCUCUUCACACGGAGGACAAGGUUCCUCACACUGACAACAAGGUUCCUCACUCUGAGAACAAGGUACCUCACACUGAGGAUAAGGUUCGUCACUCUGAGGACAAGGUUCCUCACUCUGAGGACAAGGUCCUUCACACUGAGGAGAAGGUUACUCACACUGAGGACAGGGUUCCUAGCUCUGAGAAGAAGGUGUUUCACACUGAGGACAAUGUUCCUCUCUCUGAGGACAACGUUCCUCACACUGAGGACAAGCUUCCUCACUCUGAGAACAGGGUUCCACACUCAGAGGACAAGGUUCCUCACUCUGAGGACAAGGUUCUUCACAUUGAGCGCAAGGUUCCUCACUCUGAGAACUAGGUUCCUCAGUCUGAGAACAAGGUUCCUUACCCUGAGGACAAGGUGCUUCACACUGAGGACAAUGUUCCUCACUCUGAGAACAAAGUUCCUCACUCUGAGGACAAGGUUCCUCACUCUGAAGACGAGGUUCCUCACUCUGAGAAGAAGGUUCCUCACUCUGAGAACAAGGUUCCUCACUCUGAGGACAAGGUUCAUCACUGUGAGGACAAGGUUCCUAACUCUGAGGACAAGGUUCCUCACCCUGAGGACAAGGCUCCGAACUCUGAGGACAAGGUUCCUCACACUGAGGACAAGGUUGCUCACUCUGAAGGCAGGUUCCUCUCUCUAACGACAAGGUUCCUCACUCUGAGGACAAGAUUCCUCACUCUGAGCGGAAGGUUCCUCACGCUGAGGACAAGGUACCUCACUCUGAGAACAAGGUUCCUCUCUCUGAGGACAAGGUUCUUCACACUGAGGACAAGGUUCCUCACACUGAGGACAAGGCUCCUCACUCUGACAACAAGGUUCCUCACACUGAGGGCAAGGUUCCUCACUCUGAAGACUAGGUUCCUGACUCUGAUGACAAGGUUCAUCACACUGAGGACAAGGUUCCUUACACUGAGGGAAGGUUCCUCACUCUCGAAACAAAACUCCUCACACUGAGGACAAGGUUUCUCACUCUGAGGACGAGUUUCGUCACUCUGAGGACAAGGCUCUUCACACUGAAAACAAGGUUCCUCACUCUGAGGACAAGUUUCCUCACACUGAAAGCAAGGUUCCUUACUCUGAGGACAAGGUUCCUCACUCUGAGGAGAAGGGUCCUCCCUCUGACGAGAAGGUUCCUCACUCUGAGGACAAGGUUCCUCAAUCUGGGAACAAAACUUUUCACACGGAGGACAAGGUUCCUCACUCUGAGGACAAGGUUCAUCACUCUGAGAACAAGGUUCCUCUCUCCGAAGGCAGGUCCCUCACCCUGAGGAAAAGGUUCCUAACUCUGAAGACAAGGAUCCUCAAAUUGAGGACAAGGUUUCUCACCCAGCGGACAAGGUUCCUCAAUGUGAGGAUAAGCUUCUUCAUUCUGAGGACAAGGUUCCUCACUCUGAAGGCAAGUUCCUCACUCUGAGGAGAAAGUUGCUCACUCUGAAGGCUGGUUCCUCUCCCUAAAGACAAGCUUCCUCACUCAGAGGACAAGGUUCCUCACUCUGAGGACAAGAUUCCUCACUCUGAGGACAAGGUUCUUCACACUGAGGACAAGGUUCCUCACACGGAGGACAAGGUUCCUCACUCAGAAGACAAGGUUCCUCACUCUGAGGACAAAGUUCCUUACACUGAGGACAAGGUUCCUCAAACUGAGGACAAGGUUCCUCAAACUGAGGACAAGGCUCCUCACUCUGAAGACGAGGUUCCUCACUCUGAGGAGAAGGUUCCUCACUCUGAGAACAAGGUUCCUCACUCUGAGGACAAGGUUUAUCACUGUGAGGACAAGGUUCCUAACUCUGAGGACAAGGUUCCUCACCCUGAGGACAAGGCUCCGAACUCUGAGGACAAGGUUCCUCACACAGAGGACCAGGUUGCUCACUCUGAAGGCAGGUUCCUCUCUCUAAGGACAAGGUUCCUCACUCUGAGGACAAGAUUCCUCACUCUGAGCGGAAGGUUCCUCACGCUGAGGACAAGGUACCUCACUCUGAGAACAAGGUUCCUCACUCUGAGGACAAGGUUCUUCACACUGAGGGCAAGGUUCCUCACACUGAGGACAAGGCUCCUCACUCUGACAACAAGGUUCCUCACACUGAGGGCAAGGUUCCUCACUCUGAAGACUAGGUUCCUGACCCUAAUGACAAGGUUCAUCACACUAAGGACAAGGUUCCUUACACUGAGGGAAGGUUCCUCACUCUGGAAGCAAAACUCCUCACACUGAGGACAAGGUUUCUCACUCUGAGGACGAGUUUCGUCACUCUGAGGACAAGGCUCUUCACACUGAAAACAAGGUUCCUCACUCUGAGGACAAGUUUCCUCACACUGAAAGCAAGGUUCCUCACUCUGAGGACAAGGUUCCUCACUCUGAGGAGAAGGGUCCUCCCUCUGACGAGAAGGUUCCUCACUCUGAGGACAAGGUUCCUCAAUCUGGAAACAAAACUUUUCACACGGAGGACAAGGUUCCUCACUCUGAGGACAAGGUUCAUCACACUGAGGACAAGGUUCCUCUCUCCGAAGGCAGGUCCCUCACCCUGAGGACAAGGUUCCUAACUCUGAAGACAAGGAUCCUCACAUUGAGGACAAGGUUCCUCAUCCAGCGGACAAGGUUCCUCAAUGUGAGGAUAAGCUUCUUCAUUCUGAGGACAAGGUUCCUCACUCUGAAGGCAAGUUCCUCACUCUGAGGAGAAAGUUGCUCACUCUGAAGGCUGCUUCCUCUCUCUAAAGACAAGCUUCCUCACUCAGAGGACAAGGUUCCUCACUCUGAGGACAAAGUUCCUCACGCUGAGGACAAGGUUCCUCACUCUGAGGACAAGAUUCCUCACUCUGAGGACGAGGUUCUUCACACUGAGGACAAGGUUCCUCACACUGAGGACAAGGUUCCUCACUCAGAAGACAAAGUUCCUCACUCUGAGGACAAAGUUCCUUACACUGAGGACAAGGUUCCUCAAACUGAGGACAAGGUUCUUCAAACUGAGGACAAGGCUCCUCACUCUGAAGACGAGGUUCCUCACUCUGAGGAGAAGGUUCCUCACUCUGAGAACAAGGUUCCUCACUCUGAGGACAAGGUUUAUCACUGUGAGGACAAGGUUCCUAACUCUGAGGACAAGGUUCCUCACCCUGAGGACAAGGCUCCGAACUCUGAGGACAAGGUUCCUCACACUGAGGACAAGGUUGCUCACUCUGAAGGCAGGUUCCUCUCUCUAAGGACAAGGUUCCUUACUCUGAGGACAAGAUUCCUCACUCUGAGCGGAAGGUUCCUCACGCUGAGGACAAGGUACCUCACUCUGAGAACAAGGUUCCUCACUCUGAGGACAAGGUUCUUCACACUGAGGACAAGGUUCCUCACACUGAGGACAAGGCUCCUCACUCUGACAACAAGGUUCCUCACACUGAGGGCAAGGUUCCUCACUCUGAAGACUAGGUUCCUGACUCUGAUGACAAGGUUCAUCACACUGAGGACAAGGUUCCUUACACUGAGGGAAGGUUCCCACUCUCGAAACGAAACUCCUCACACUGAGGACAAGGUUUCUCACUCUGAGGACGAGUUUCGUCACUCUGAGGACAAGGCUCUUCACACUGAAAACAAGGUUCCUCACUCUGAGGACAAGUUUCCUCACACUGAAAGCAAGGUUCCUCACUCUGAGGACAAGGUUCCUCACUCUGAGGAGAAGGGUCCUCCCUCUGACGUGAAGGUUCCUCACUCUGAGGACAAGGUUCCUCAAUCUGGGAACAAAACUUUUCACACGGUGGACAAGGUUCCUCACUCUGAGGACAAGGUUCAUCACUCUGAGGACAAGGUUCCUCUCUCCGAAGGCAGGUCCCUCACCCCGAGGUUCCUCACUCUGAGGAGAAGGUUCCUCACUCUGAGACAAGGUUCCUCACUCUGAGGACAAGGUUUAUCACUGUGAGGACAAGGUUCCUAACUCUGAGGACAAGGUUCCUCACCCUGAGGACAAGGCUCCGAACUCUGAGGACAAGGUUCCUCACACGAGGACAGGUUGCUCACUCUGAAGGCAGGUUCCUCUCUCUAAGACAAGGUUCCUCACUCUGAGGACAAGAUUCCUCACUCUGAGCGGAAGGUUCCUCACGCUGAGGACAAGGUACCUCACUCUGAGAACAAGGUUCCUCCUCUGAGGACAAGGUUCUUCACACUGAGGCAAGGUUCCUCACACUGAGGACAAGGCUCCUCACUCUGACAACAAGGUUCUCACACUGAGGGCAAGGUUCCUCACUCUGAAGACUAGGUUCCUGACCCUAAUGACAAGGUUCAUCACACUAAGGACAAGGUUCCUUACACUGAGGGAAGGUUCCUCACUCUGGAAGCAAAACUCCUCACACUGAGGACAAGGUUUCUCACUCUGAGGACGAGUUUCGUCACUCUGAGGACAAGGCUCUUCACACUGAAAACAAGGUUUCUCACUCUGAGGACAAGUUUCCUCACACUGAAAGCAAGGUUCCUCACUCUGAGGACAAGGUUCCUCACUCUGAGGAGAAGGGUCCUCCCUCUGACGAGAAGGUUCCUCACUCUGAGGACAAGGUUCCUCAAUCUGGGAACAAAACUUUUCACACGGAGGACAAGGUUCCUCACUCUGAGGACAAGGUUCAUCACUCUGAGGACAAGGUUCCUCUCUCCGAAGGCAGGUCCCUCACCCUGAGGACAAGGUUCCUAACUCUGAAGACAAGGAUCCUCACAUUGAGGACAAGGUUCCUCACCCAGCGGACAAGGUUCCUCAAUGUGAGGAUAAGCUUCUUCAUUCUGAGGACAAGGUUCCUCACUCUGAAGGCAAGUUCCUCACUCUGAGGAGAAAGUUGCUCACUCUGAAGGCUGGUUCCUCUCUCUAAAGACAAGCUUCCUCACUCAGAGGACAAGGUUCCUCACUCUGAGGACAAAGUUCCUCGCGCUGAGGACAAGGUUCCUCACUCUGAGGACAAGAUUCCUCACUCUGAGGACAAGGUUCUUCACACUGAGGACAAGGUUCCUCACACUAAGGACAAGGUUCCUCACUGAGAAGACAAGGUUCCUCACUCUGAGGAGAAAGUUCCUUACACUGAGGACAAGGUUCCUCAAACUGAGGACAAGGUUCCUCACCCUCAGGACAAGGCACCUCACUCUGAGGACAAGGUUCCUCACUCUGAGGACAAGGUGCUUCACAGUGAGGACAAGGUUCCUCACUCUGAGAACAAGGUUACUCACUCUCAGGACUAGUUUCCUCACUCUGAGGACUGGAUUCCUUACCCUGACGACAAGGUUCCUCACUCUGAGGACAACGUUCCUCACUCUGAGGACAACGUUCCUCACUAUGAGGAGAAGAUUCCUUACUCUGAGGACAAGGUUCCUUACUCUGAGGACAAAGUUCCUCACACUGAGGACAAGGUUUCUCAAUCCGAGGGCAAGAUUGAUCACUCUGAAGACAAG